AUGGAAAGGGACCAACGAUACACUCAGCAGUUAUCAGAUGAACAGCCGUACCAAAGCUCUAAUCGCCCGCUGCUGCUUAACAGUGUCGAUCUUGACGACAGUAAACCGAACGAAGAGAAUGAAGUCAAGACAAAAUUAACUCCAACAUCUAUAGUCGUCUCAUCGUUUGUUAUUAUACUUGUUGUCACAAUAUUGAUUGUUUUCUGCCUUCAUGAUAUCAAGAGAUUGGCUCCUCCUGGCAAACCAACAUGUGAUGACCCGUGCAAAAUCACAAUAGUUGAAAGUAUACCAGAAAAUCACACCUAUGUAGAAGGAUCUCCCACGCAUUUAUCACUAUUUCAAGGGUGGAAGAAUUUGAUAAGCAUUUCAGAAGAUAGUAUAGAUAUUGCGUCACAUUACUUUUCUUUGAGAGGGGUUGAUGUGGCACCAGGCCCCUCUGCUUGGCAGGGUGAACAGAUUUUCACUGAUAUUUUAGAAGCUGGGACUACAAGGGGCAUAAACAUACGCAUGGUAGAAUCGACACCAAUAGGAGACAGACAAGCGUUUAAAGAUACCGGUGACUUGUCCGAUGCCGGUGCGGCGGAAGUAAGACGUUUAGACAUGUCUGGAUUCAUGCAAUCCAAUACAGGUAUCCUACAUUCUAAAAUGAUGUUGGUUGAUGGCAAGCAUUUUUAUAUUGGAAGUGCCAACUUAGACUGGAGAUCACUGACUCAGAAAAAAGAUCUGGGAGUUAUUGUUUACAACUGUAGCUGUUUGGCACAAGAUAUUGGUAAAAUAUUUGAGAUUUAUUGGUAUAUGAGCUCCCCUGAUGCUAUUUUACCAUUCGAAUGGUCAGUGCAAUAUGAUACUCGGUACAAUGCCGUGACGCCACUCGAGCUGAAACUUAAUAACACAAACGCCAAAGCACUGCUGUCUAGUUCUCCUCCUGAGUUAACUCCCGCCGGUCGCAGUACUGGAAUGGACGCGGUUUUGGAUGUUAUCGGGUCCGCCAAAACGUUUGUCAGCAUUAGCGUGACAAGCUAUCUGCCUGCUUUGAAAAACAAAAAUCCACAGAGGUACUGGUCUCUUAUUGAUGACAAACUGCGGACUGUAGCCUUCAACAAGAACAUCCAUAUCCGUCUUUUAGUUGAUGCAGAGAACAACGCGAGCACAGAAGCAACUAAGUUUCUACACUCGUUAGUUGACCUCGAUGGAAUAAGAGGAAGAAUAGAGAUCAAAUUAUAUACAGUUCCAUCGUACACUGAAGAACAGCGGAACAUACCACGUGCUCGACUUAAUCAUAACAAAUUCAUGGUGACAGACAGAGCAGUAUAUAUCGGAAACUCCGACUGGGAAGGCGAUUUUUUUAUUAAUGAUAGUGGAAUUGGGUUUGUUAUCUAUGAAAAUGGACAACUACAGCAGCAGUUACUUGAUGUUUUUGACAGGGAUUGGAACUCACAGUACGCAGCUUCGCUGAAUGCAACUCACUGA